AUAGUGUUGGUGUUGCUGUUGGUAUGUAAAUCAGAAUCAGAGCCGUAGACAGAAAAAUGCAUUGCUUGCAAUUGCAAUGUCUGUACAGAUCUUACAAUCUCGGCAUCUGUAAAUAGAAUCGAUACUUCUACAUUUGUAAUGCCCGCCUUGGGUCCGGUUUUUUGGGCAUUUAUCUAAGCUUCGCCUUAUAUGGCCAAUUGUUAUCGUUUCCGAGAUUUACAAACAUCUGCAAAUCUUCGCAACCUCGGUAAUCUCUGUGUAUCGACAGAUACACAGUAUUGUCUUUCCGAUUUAGUAUGUUUAAUGUCAAUCCGACGAAAAUGUUUGGUGUUGUCCCAGUGACAAAUGGUAACGUGGAUUUGGAAAUCAAAUUUUUUCAUUAACCGCUUUCGCAGCCGGCCUAUUCGACCCCGGAAAUUCAUUUUGACACGUCGAAAAUUUCGCUCCAAAACAGCCACAGGUAAUGUUAGUUGUACAUAAUUGUUGACUUUUAGCCGGUAUUCGACUUUUAAACAACGAAAUAUAGAUAAUCUUGGUCAAUGGAGAAUGUUAAGAGAAAAUGGAAGAUGCUUCAUUGCAGAGAAUCGCAGAAUGUUUUGCAUUAUUUAAUGCUCAGAGAUGUUGGAUUUUGUACAGUGCAUAGACCUAGUGCAGACUUAAAAUUUAUAGCUGAAAAAAAUCUUGUUUUAAAAGAUCACAGAGAGUUGUUAUGUGACCUACCUGGUGUUCCUAGGACAACAUUUCUAAUGGUUUUUAGUCCUGAUGGAACUAAAAUGGCAUCGACACAUGGAGACCAUAAUAUCUAUAUCAGCGAAGUUACAACUGGGAAGAAUAUUAAAACACUUGUUGGUCAUCCACGCACUCCGUGGAGCAUUUCAUUUCAUCCUUUAUCCAAUAAAAUUUUAGCUUCUGGUUGUUUAGGUGGUCAAGUUCGCGUUUGGGAUUUAACUGAUGGUUGUAAAACUUGGGAUACUGAACUUGAGACAGUAAUAGCUUCUCUUGCUUUUCACCCAACUCAAAGGUUACUUGUUAUCGCUACCUGUAAUGAAAUCUAUUUUUGGGAUUGGAGUGUACGUGAACCUUAUACUAUGACAAGCACUAGAGCCGAUGGUCAAAAAGUAAGAUAUGUUAAAUUUGAUUAUACUGGGAGAAUGCUGGUCACAGGUAUUAGAAACAUUCCAGAAAAAUUCCUCGAUUUUACACAUAAGGAGUAUGGCUGGUUAGUUUCAGUCAGAAGAUGUAUUAGGAAAAUAGCAAGAAUGGAACACUUUCGAUCAAAUUCUUCCGCACAGGACAGAAAUGUUGAUAAUGAAUCAGGUAAUGAAAGUGAUAUAAAUAAUCUCGAUAGAUUCAUAUUGAAUCGUCCUCCUGAUGACCAUUCUAGAUCGAGAAACGUCGAGGAUAAUGAAGAUGUAUCUAUAUCAGAAAAUGCCCUUGAAGUUGAAACUUAUCGCGUACAAGCGUGGGACUUUUCUAACGGAGAAACACCUGAUAUUACUAAUUAUGAGAAGAAUGUUGUUGUCCGAAAUUGCAACAUUCGCAAUGACGCCACCAUAGAUAUUUCUUCAGAUGGAAAAUUAUUAACAGCUAUGUUUCCGUCGGGUGGAUUGGGCUGGGCAACUACCUUAGCAGUUUACAGUUUGGAAUGGGAAAGGUUGGGAGAAAUAAUUUGUUCGACAGUAAUAUACGAGUCCGCAGUUUCUCUUUCAAUUUCUCCAACACAGCAACAUCUUUUAGUGGGUCUCGCAACAAGUAGCCACCCGUCAAAACUGCCUCAGAUCCGCAGUCCUAUGGCUUUGAUUUGUCGAUUAAGACACAAUAGUGAACCGAGUGAAAUGGAAUAUAAUUUAAGCAGAUCGAAGGCAACUGUUCUUAACAGAAACGAGAGGAGAGAGAGUAUGGUGAUUAUUCGAAAAUUGUUACGAAGUGAUAAGGAAGUUCCUAAUGAUUCAAGUUUAAAUUGUAUCAGAUGGAUGCCACAACCUGGACAGGGAUUGGUUUAUGCAACCAAUACCGGAGAAUUAAAUAUUCUCUAUUAAUUUGUAUGCAUUAUGUAACUAUUAACCCUCGCCGUACCAUGCCCGGGUUUCUUCGGACCCACAGUUGACUUGAUUGUUUGACACUUGACGCCAUCUGCCGUUUGUUUAAAAAAAAAAAAACGGUAAGAUGAUAGUAACGAUAAUAGCAAUAUUAAUAAUGAUGACAGUGACAUCUUUUUUCAAAAUGUUUGCAUACAUAAGGACCUAAUCAUGGGGUUUCGCGUGAAAGCCCAACCGACGGUACUGCGAGGGUUAAGUAUUCGUAAGACGCGUACAUAUGCCAUUAGCAUUCUCUACAAUCCGUUUCGCUGUUGAUACCUGUUGAUCAUGUAAUAAGUAUUCUUUUUAUCAGAAUGGAUUUGUUCUGAUUCAAACAAUCACGCUUAUGAUUACUGUUUUUAACGAAAACUGGACUAAACCGAAGGAAAAGAUAUAGGAAUAACAACGUACCUAAUUUUUAGAGUUUAUAUAAUUUAUACGUUUAUUUGCAAUAACAAUAUGAGACAUGUAAUAUACAGAUCAUGGAUAUUUGAAUCGCGCAUUGCAUUUUUCGAUAUAAUACUGUAUUUAUAUAAUGAUUGAAAUUGUUUUUACAUUUCCAUAUCUUCCGGUAUGUUUCAUUAAUAUUUUCUGUUAAUUGAACAAUAUUCUGCAAUCGCAGAAUAUUAUUGUGAUAUUAAUAAAUAAAAUUUUUUGUAUCUUUUAACACUUAA